UGAGAGAGAGAGAGAGAGAGAGAGGGAGAGUGCUGAAGAGGGCAGAAGAUGGGAGCGAUAUUCAGUUCGAGCAGUAAGAGCGGAGAAGAAUUAGAGAUGGCUCUAUCCAAGGCCAAGGAGAUCGUUUCAUCUACCCCUGUAGUUGUCUUCAGUAAGACACACUGUCCAUAUUGCAAGAGGGUCAAGCAAUUGCUCUCACAGCUAGGAGCAACAUACAAGGUUAUUGAGUUGAAUUCGGAAAGUGAUGGAGGCGAUAUUCAGGCUGCACUAAGGGAGUGGACGGGACAAAGAACAGUCCCAAACGUGUUUAUUGGAGGAAAUCACAUCGGUGGCUGUGACUCUGUCACAGCGAAGCACCAGCAAGGGAAGCUUGUGCCCUUGCUCACUGAUGCUGGUGCACUUGCUACUAAUUCUACUCUGUAAAUGGCUUGAAACUAAACAAUACGCUUACAGGCACGAAAGGAGGAUAAGAACAAUAUUCCAAUUAUCUGUAACAAU